UGGCGUAGCGUAUUUUUUUCAGUGUACAAUUUUGAAAGGUUUGAUUUGAGAUCCUAUGGUGAUAGAAGCAAAUGGGGAUGCCGCGCCGAAAAUGGUGGGUAAUCGCAGCCUGUUUGCGGGCUUUACCGUUGCUACUGGGAAGCAGGAGUCGAGUGUAGGUGAAAUAUAUGGGGGAUAUUGCGCUUCUCGGGUCUUUCUCGAUAUUUUACAGCAGUUUUUUUAUGUCAACUCGUCCGUUGAUAUCUAAAGAGAGACUUGUCUUGCUUCUUGAGAAGUUUGAAUGUUCACUAACAUUUCAGGAUUGAACCCGAUUUUUUAAUAAACGGUAAUCUCAAACGUUCCAUAUUUGCGUUACGUUUACUAUACCAUCUAGAAGGUUUGAAUCUUUUCAAUACCAAAAAAAUUCAGCACACACACACUUGUCUUUGCAGGGGAGUUGCUGAAGGCAAUUAUAGAAUGAGCACUUAGUGUUUUAUGCAGUUCUGAAUCAUUGUAGAGACUAAAAAGCCUUCCUGGAAGGUGACAGGUAAAGUGGGUAAAUUGGUUCUUUUGUAUAGGAAAGGUGAUUUCAGAAACGUCUUGGGGGAAGAUGACUUGAGAUAGAUUGGAUUAAAAAGCAUCAGAAAAACCUACCAAGAGAGAAUAAACUGCAGGAGAUUUGGGGGGGGGGGGGUGUGCAAAAACAGUAGUUUGGAGGGUUUUUGCAUCAACUGUAAGCCUCCAUGAUGCACUUCUCACUGAUGCCUGAGAAGUGCUGACAACAUUCACCCUACAUGAGCAGCAGUUCCUACUGAAGUUGUAAAUCCCCGUGGCCAGAGGGCUGAGAAUAGGGAUAAGGAGCAGUAUCGCAAGCUGUUCAUAGGUGGUCUUAGCUUUAAUACAACUGAAGAAAAUUUGAGAGGCCACUUUGAGCAAUGGGGAAAGCUUACAGAUUGUGUGGUCAUGAGGGACCCUCAGACCAAGCGAUCAAGAGGGUUUGGAUUUGUGACAUUUUCUACACCUGAAGAAGUUGAUGAUGCAAUGGCUGCUAGGCCUCAUAAAAUUGAUGGUCGUGUUGUGGAGCCUAAACGAGCAGUUGCAAGAGAAGAAUCUGGGAAACCGGGUGCACAUUUGACUGUGAAGAAGUUGUUUGUUGGUGGUAUAAAAGAUGACACUGAUGAACAUCACCUCAGAGCAUACUUCAAGAACUAUGGAAAAAUUGAAAGCAUUGAAGUAAUAACAGACCGUCAAAGUGGAAAAAAGAGAGGCUUUGCAUUUGUGUCUUUUGAUGACCAUGAUCCAGUGGACAAAGUAGUCCUUCAAAAGUAUCAUUACGUUAAUGGACAUAACGCCGAAGUAAGAAAAGCUUUGUCCCGCCAAGAAAUAAUGGAGGCACAAAGUAGCAGGUCAGGACGAGGAGGUGGUGGCUUCAGAGGUGACUCCCGUGGAGGUGGCAAUUUUUCUAUGGGACGUGGAGGCAACUUUGGAGGUGGCCCAAAUGGAUUCGGUGGUGGCCGUGGUUUUGGUGAUGGCCCUGGUUUCAAUGGCUAUGGUGGAGGUGGUGGUAACUUUGGCCCUGGAUUUGGUGGCGGUCCUGGAUUUGGUGGCGGUCCCGGAUUUAGUGGAGGAUUUGGCAACCAUGGUGGUGGCUAUGACGGAGGUGGAAAUUAUGGUGGAAAUUUUGGAGGAGGUGGGAACUACAAUGAUUUUGGGAACUACCAUCAUCAGAACUCUAAUUUUGGACCAAUGAAAGGUGGAAACUAUGGAGGAAGAAAUAUGGGUGGACCAUAUGGAGGGAACUAUGGUGGUGGAUUUGGUGGACGUAACAGAUAUUAAUCCAACAAAACCCAUUCCAAGGGCAUCACUAUAUAAAUAGGGGAGGAUGAGAGCCCAGAGUUUACAGGACAGCUGCAGGUUAUUCUCUCAGCAAAAUUUUAAGGAAAAAAUUAUCUCAGCGGAACAUAAGUCAGUGAGAUGACGGAAGACUCCAGAGCACAGGCAGAGAAAACCAUUUUGUCAAUUCUUGGGAUUGUUUAAUUGAGCGGACUCUUGAUGUGGAGAAAGGACUGUAAAGAUGCCUUGGAGACAGAUUUCUAGUUUUUUAAAAAAAAUUUCUUUGCUGUAGUAUCUUUAUAGUGUUAUUCAUAAGUUGCAAUGUGGAAUUGUUAUGAGUUUGAGGGGAUUUUUUGACAUUUUAAAUAUUCCUAGAUGCACUGAGAAUUUUGAGAGCUAUGAACCAGGAUCAUGGAGUUAUAAUAUUCAGCCUUUCUGUGUUAAAUAUCUGCAGUGUGUAGAGUUUGGAAAAUGUUGUAUGUCCACAGUAACUUUAAUAAAAUCCCAAAAAAAAAGAAAAGGGGGUGUGCAAUUGUUUUCUUAGGUAGAUUUGUUGUGGGUGGGUAAAAUGUUCAGUCUUUGACACAGCUAGGGAAAUGCAAGGACUGCUAAUCAGACAAAAGGUACAGAGAUGAAUCGUCAAGUCCGCAAUUCUAAAAACUGCUAGAACUGAGAGUGGUUUCUGCAAGAAUCAAAGAUCUUUAGAUCCUGUAGAUACAGCAGCUACUUCAUCGGCCAGGAAAGGCGUGAUCCGACGUUAAACAGCAAGUGGUUUACACUUUCAAGAAAACAGGUCUAGCACAAGAAGUCUGGACAAAGAAGCCUAAUAUCAGCCAGCACUCUUAAAGUGAGUGGUAUUCAUGCAACAAAAGCUUUAACUGCAGUAAAUUUAAAGAGGAGGCCAACGAAAACAGAUGUCUUGUAGAGCAGAAUAGAGCUAAGCAUCAGUUAAACCUCAUCAUGUAGGUAAGAUAUUAUUUAAUUGUCUUUUAUUUCACAGAAAUGAAGAGGUGGUCAAUACAAUAAAAGCUCAAAGCAAUGUAGUGGAUUGUUUCUUUUUAUAUUUUCAGUAUGUUCUAUAGUAUCAUCUUUGGUUUGUAGGAAUUUAUAUACACCUAAUUCCUUUUGUGCAAGGUUAAAACUGACGCAAAACUAAAAAUUUAUAGUUCCUUUGUGCCUAACUAUUUACCUUUUCUGUGCUAUUUAAGGUUGUAGUAUCUGAAGUUGAUUGGGUGUUGAUUGUCCAUUGGAUCUUAAACUCAGAGCUGCCAGACUUCAUUCCACAUGUGAUCAGAACCAUCCUCAGCCAGCAUCUGACCUCUAUCACCUGGUCUGAGCUGCACUGAAACUGAAAUCACAGUGGAGAAGGCAGUGAUCUAAGCUAUAAGCUACCUGAUCAGUUUUAUUCUCUACAGAAAUAGGUAAGUGUACAGAACGCUGAGCAAUAUGUGGUGAUUUGAAUGUAGCGUUCAGAGUGACCAAUGAAUUCAUGAAAAUAUUAGACUGCACUAAAGGGGUUUGGCAUGUCAGCAUUGGAAACAUCUAAUUAAUACUCGUCAGUUUAAUGAAACUAAAUUGGAAAAUUACUAACAAGGCAAGUAUAUGAAAAAGACUUUGUCAUUAAAUAUUGCUUUUGUUUAAAACUUAACUCUUGAUAUAUAUGGCUCCUACUUAAGCAAAUUUUAGUUCGUUUAUUUUCCAAAUUCAGAUUUUCAUGGACAAAUUCAUGUUUUUUUGCUCAAUUAGCCCAAGUGUCAAGCAGCCACUAUUUUGCAUCAUUGACUAAAUAAUCGAACGUCUAUGUCCAGCUGUCUUUCAGCAGUAGAUUCCCAUCCAGAAUCUGGCUAGCACUAGUUGUAUUGUGUGUAGAUUCUGCAUUUAACAAUGUAUGUCUGAUUGAGGUUAGCUCUAAGAUUUAAUAAAACUUAAGCACAUCAGAAAAUAAAUUGUGCAAUACCCUAAUUCACUCAAGGAAACCAUACAAGUCAGUCUGUAGUCCCCUAGUUUACUUUAUUGCUGGCAAAAGUGGUAAAGUAUUUCCGGUUUCAGUGCUACUUGUCAUUUUGCAUUUUGAGUAAUCUUGGCUCUUGGAAGAAUUUUCUCCAGCAAAGGUCAAGUAUUUAGUUUCCAAACCGCUGCUCCUUCUCACGAAUAUGUUCUUUUACAGAAGUGGGUGUCCUUUUUAUCUACUUUCAUGCUUCGAAUUGCCAGGCUUCUAUGUUCUCUAUAUAUGUCUAGCAGAUGGGUACCUAGAAAUGAGGCUUGAGAUACAAAAUAUGUGAGGAUUUGUAAGUAAUCUGAUUUAAUAAAUUGAUUCAAUUAGAACUUCUAGUUUUAGUGGUCACUUGCUAGAUAUUUAAAAGUUGUAAUUGUAGGAAAUCCAGUAAUGUGCAGAGAUGGUCUAAGCUACUAAGUGGGCUUUUGAGGCAAAUGGCUUGUCUUCUAAAUUGUGAUUUUGUAACAAGGGUAUUUUACAAUCUUAAAAGUAGAAGUCUAUAGGAUAGUGAUUUCAUGAGGUUUUAUAAGUAUCUUUGAAACUUGUUAAACCUCAUUUCUUGUUUCAUAGGCCCUUAGAUAAGUGGUUUGAUAUCACUGGAAGGCGGUGAUGUUGUAGUAACGUCACUGAGCUAGUAAUCUAGAACUGUGGUUAAAGUUUUGCAGAAAUGGGUUUGAAAAGCACAUGAUGAAGUUUAAAUUUAAUGCAAAUCUGAAAAAGCCAUUGGUGAAUGAAGCCGUCGUUGGUUGUUAAAAACCCAUCUGGUGGACUAAUGUCCUUCAAGGAAGGAAAUCCAUGUUAUCCUGGCCUACAUGUGACUCAGGGCGCGUAAGUGUGGCUGAGUUAAUUUAAUGGGCAAUAAAUGUUUAGCCAGCAAUGCUCAUGUGAUGUGAACAAAUUUUUGUUUUAAAACUGGGGAUGGAAAGUAAGUGGGAAUGUGGAGUAAUCAGACCUGCCAUGAUCUUAUUAAAUGGUGAAGCAGGCUGAAUGACCUACUCCUAAUUUAUAGGUUUGUAUGUUUUAUAGGUUAUGUUGGGUUACAAAGCCUUAGUGCAAGUAUGAUCUUUACGCAUUCAAGUUUGAUAGUUUCACCGUGAGAAUUAACUGAUGACUUCAGGAGAGCACUUGGAUAACGGAUUGAGCUGUAAAGCAUACUUGUCUGGAUCAUGGGUGUGAAUAGAUUUAGACAAAGAUGUAAGAGCAUUCUUUACUGCGUUAUCUUCUAUCUUAGAUGAGGUAUUCAUGAUCCUAGCUAGCUUCAUGAAGAAUGGGCUAGGUUCUUGGUGAUCUUGUUAACCAAUAGUCCCUGUUGGACGUGUUCCAGUAUUGGCUAUUGGAGUAAGAGAUUCAGGUCUGAUUCGGAUAGCUUGUUAAUCCCUAAUUGUCAGCAUCAGCUCCAUUUGCCAACCUGAUUUCCCUGUAUUUCAGUAUUCUUAGUAUCCAAAAGCCAAGCAGUCUCAAUCUUCACCAUAAUACCUGAACAUCCACAUUCUUCUGGUUGGAGAGUUCCUAAGAUUCACAACCCUUCUGGUAGAAGAAGUUUCUCCUAGCGUUUGUUAUCCAAGUUUUGCACAUGAGGAAUGGUUGCUUGUGAGAAAAUCCAUGUUUUAAUGUGUUGGUGUUCUGAAAUUGCUUAAUCUCUGUUCAGUUCUGUGAAAUGUGAAACUUAACAUUUGGAUUGUGAUAAUAUUUUUCUCCCUUUCCAGGAGCUGAUACGGAAUUCAAUGGAUUGUGGAUGUUUUUGACAAGGAUGCUGAGUUCAGUAAAUUGAUAGUUUUUCAUUCAUGACAGGUUUAAAAGGUAGCUUUGACCAGAGCUCCAGUUUACUGCAUGCUAAAAUCUAAAAGAUGUUUCAGUUCGCUCAUCGUUUUAGCUCCUCGUUUAUUAACUGCUAUUUUUGGAGUCUAUUUGGAUGAAAAUGAUCAGAAUUCAUUAUAACCUCACGAAGAAAGCAGUUUGAAAAUAGCUUAUUUAGUUUCAAGAGUAUAGUAAUUGUGUUGAGGGUCGAAAAGGUAAAUUUAGAACUAAGAUCAGGAAGUCUUCAAAGCAAAUAUUUCAAAUGGGCUCAACUCCUGGAUACAGUAGUUGUAACAACAGCCUCAAAUCAUUUAAGAGCCAGUUGAAUGCCAUUAGUCUGCUUUGGUGUGCAAUUUACACAUAUCCUAUUUAUAUAUUUGCAGUGAGUUGCGUCAAUAUGAACCCAGAGAGAACCUCAGUUAAGUAAAAUAAAUUUAUUACAAAGUGAGUUUAAAUUUUUCUGCUGCAGUCUUCCUCAAAUGUCUAAAUGCAGCAAAAGAAGGUUUGAAGUUCGCUGUGGAAUUGAGGACUAUUUUCAAGGAAAAUUAAAUGAUGGAAAUGCAAUAUUAUUGCUAAAGGACUCAAUGGACAGUGGUGGUUUUAAAAAGAACUCAACUCUGCUUUCAUAUUGGUGUAAUAAACCACCUGUUGCAGAUUAUUUUGUGACUAGUUUCUCUUGGCUCAUUUUCCUUGGCGUAUUUUCAUGUAUAAGCUGAAUGUCCAGUUUUCCCUUGACAUUACAAACAUUUGGCUUCCUUUGUUCUUUCAAGAGCUGAAGAGUUCUAUGGUUCAGUAAAAUACGUCAAGUUUUCCUUGUUCGUUAUUAUACGUUUGAAAAUCUUAAAAGAAUCUGCUGUUUGCAUUCAUUGGCACAGGCAUAGUAAAUUUUAAAAGCAUUAUCUUUAAGGGAGAGCAAUACAAGAUAAACUACGGGGCAUUUCAUCAGAAUGACCAUUGCCAAAUGGAUAAACUGUCUUGUUGAAACUAAAUUCCGACUUGUUAGUUUUGCUUUUUACCUAGUUAUAAGUGUCACUCAUUUUAGUAGAUUAAUAGUACUGCACACAGAUUCUGUAGGGAGUGCCAAAGUCCACAAAGUGCACUGAACAGCGUAAAAUUGCUUUCAGUCAGAAGAGUAAAUAGAUCUGUGCUUCAUAUUUGGAUUGCAGAGGAUCUUUCUAUUUCCAGCUUGGCAGGGGGGCAUAAAAGAUCUUUUGUGAACUUUGGCACAACAGUACAUGUGUUCUGUAAGCUUGGGAUACAUGGUGUACGUUGAAAGUAUGCGUUUUAUCUAUGAAAUCAAAGUUGUGGCUAAAGUCACAGUCACAAGAUCAAGGCACAGAAGUAACGGAACCCAAAUCUCUUAAGAUCAUGGUUUUGUCAAAAUGUACGAAAUGUAAAAUAUUAUAUUAAUGUUGGAAUCAGAAGCAUACAUUGUUCUUGGCUAAUGGAUAGAAAUGUGCUUACUAAAUGUUAGAAAGUUCAAGGUUGUGUUUUCACAGGCCAAAGAUAUGUUAAGACAUCAAGAUUUUGUCAUUCCUUUUGAUGGACUUAAAUAUGAUCAGUCACCCAAAUAGCAUCUGAAAUAUUAUUGUGCAGCCUUGAGUUCAGCUAAGACAAAUAUAACAUUUUAGAUAUGUUAUGAAUAUUGUGAUAUUUUGCUAUUUUUGAGUAGCUACCUAAUUUAUACAACUAGAUAAAGGGAAGACUGGGUUUGCUUAGAAAAUAAAUUUGCUGCAUUGGCAUCUAGUAAAAACAUCAGACUUUCUAUGAUUUAGCUGGCAAUUGCAAUUCUUUUAGAUUUUGAGAUUUAUAUAAAGUGUUCAGAAUUUGAAGGCCCUAUAAAAGAAUAAACUGUUUACCCCUUAACUGCCAGCAGAGCAGGAGAUUGAGCAAGGAUGCCUCGACUGUAGAUCGACUGGUGCAGUGAGGGAGACCAAGUGUGUGGUAGUUUGCUAAAUAGUGAAUGGAUCCAGUCGUGGACAGGUGACAAGGGAUUUUUUUUAAAAAAUGCUGCAUUUGCGUCCCUAGUCAACGGAUGGAGAUUAAAGAUCUGAACCUACUGGGAUGUAUGCCUUUUUGUUUCUUGAAGGACUUUCUUGAUCUCUUAAUUUUAGGAUUAGUUUCUAGAGAUCCCAGGUGGGUGCAUGCCGGUACUUAUCCUGAAAUCUGUUAUCUUCAUUGCAGUUCCAUAUUUGAAUCUGUGAUUCAGAAUUUCCCUGCACAACAAAGUCAGAAAUGCCAACUUGAUGGCAAUGGUGCAUUAGUCCUGUUAUUACCCCUCUAAUCUAUUUAUCUGUAUUGUCCUUCCGUAGGUUUAGUUUACUCCAGUCGAGCGGUAUGAUUGCCAUUUGGUUUCACUCUCCGUUAUACCUUAAAAUGGUUUUUAUUCUACCAAGAAUUGAAUGGCAAGUCUUGAAUCCAGUUUUUUCAUGUGCACUGAUAAGAUCUCACACUAUCCCUUCUUCCUCAUGGAUCCGUUGUCUGAUAGUACUCCAACUUCAACUUCAAAUAUUAGGUGUGCCACAUUUAAUACCAAAAUGUCAACUACUUUCUCAGCUACCUGCAACAGCUACAUAUUUGCUGUCAUGUUAUGCACCACCUUGGCCAUUGUUUUUGACUGCCAGAUCAGUUGGAACCACAAUGUUCUAUGGCACUGAAUUUCCACCCCAAGGUAAAUGCUUAUUUCGAGAGUGAUACCUGGCUCUGACUUUUGUGGUAUUGAAGCUCUCAGCUGUAACUUUGUCACUUCUGUGAUUAUUCCAGCCUUCAUAAUUGGUUUUCCAAUCUAAGUGAAAUUGUUUAUCCCAAACUUUGCCAGUUUAUCCUGCAAUGAAUUCUGUUCAUUCUAUGUACACUGCCAUCCCUUCUGAUUUCUCAAUACCUUGUUUAAGCCUCUAUUUAAAUGCCUUCAUAACUCUAUUUUCUGAUCUAUUGGAGUCCACAUUCGCUCAGUUCUUUUGGUCUGAAAAUGGCCUCUUGUUCAUUUCUCCCUCACUUCCUCCCUCUAGAUCGGUACACGAAUAGGAACGGUUUAGAGGGAUAUAGCCCAAAUGGGACUGUUAUUUUAGGACGUUUGGUCAGCAUGUACAAGUUGCACCAAUGGGUCUGAUUUCAUGCUGCACAGCUGUGACUACACCCCACUUUUUAAAUGCUGAAAUCGUAGACAUAAAUGAGAUUUAAUUUGCUUAUCCUUUCUUAUCACUUGCCUGGCACAUUUUUCACAACCUAUCAUCAGCUGCCAGAGGGAAUGAUGGGCAAAAAAUGAGGCAAUAUUAAUUAUUAAGGAUCAUACAGAAGGACACUGAAUUGGUGACUAUUUUAGGUCAUGGUGUGAGAGCCAGAGCCAGUUUGUUUCCUAUUACCAGAAUCCACUAUUAUGUGAUGGCUGAAGGAGGGAAAGAAAACCACAAGCUGGAACAGGGAGCUACAUCUUGCGUAAUGCCUGGAGUUCCUUUCUAAUAUGCUGUUUGAGAGUUGAAAGGUUAGAGUGAACUUGGGCCAGAAAUUAUUUUUUACCCUUAUCACAUCUUUUAAAAGAAAUCUAGAAGUUCAGUUAAUUCACAUGACGUAAAGAAAUAGCCUUUGCAGUACUCAUUUCACCUGACCACAUCUAGCGAUAGUACAGAAGAUUUGCGCUGCAGGACUACCUGCAUCUCUAAAGAAGCUGUUGUAGUGCAUUAUCAAUACUGGCAUCUGCCUGGAAAUGUGGCAAAUUGCCUAGGUAUUUCCUGUCCACAGAAAGUGGGACAAACCUAUGUUGGCCUCUUACUACCAGCUGUUGUUGGCAGUGCUAGCAGGCAACUUACUCAGCAGUGACCUGUUCACUGCUCAGUUAUGGGUGUUUUUUUUAAAUAGUACAGAUUGAUAGUUGUCGACUAACAUUUGAGCCACGCAACUACUAGGCGAUGAUAGCCUCCAACAAGAAGGAAUCUACCCGUCAUCCUCUGUUCAGUGGAUUAUCAUGGUUACGUUAUCAACGCAUGGGAAUUGCUAUUGAGCAGAACAUCAACUGAACCAGCUGUGUAUAGCUACCGUGGCUACUAGAGCAGAUUCAGAAUUCUGCAGUUGAGUACAGAAAAGUUCUGCUAGAUGACACCUGUGAGACAAGUGUGCUUGUUGAGCAAAUACUCCAGAUGACCAAAAGGUCUGCGUAAUGUAAGAACAGACACUAAGUAAUAGAAAUACCCUGCGGAGGUAUACAUAUUACUGUUACAUUUUAUUUCCAGCAUAAAUCGCAUUAUAUAAUGUAAUUUUGCUUUAAAUAAAACCUAGCAAUAGAGAGCUGUCUUACUCCCACCCUCAACUGACUUCAGAGAUCUCAAAGUUCCAGUAUUUCGGGUACAUAAUCUUUGGUUUAUUGAGGGGCUGGUUAAAACAGCUUGCUGAACCUCACCUGAUUCCCAAUAGUGUGCAUGCCAUUUACAAAGUACGGCCAGGUAUGUGAUGUAUUUGCCACUUGUUUGGGUGGAUGCAGCUCUAAAAACAUGCAAGAAACACCAUCCAGACAAAAGCCUGCUUUUACCAUCAUUCACUACCUUCAAUUUACAUUUCUUUUAUCACCAAUGCACAUUGCAGAAGUGUAUUAUUCAUAAGAUGCACUGCGCCAACUCACCAAGGUUUCUUAGAUGCACUUUCCAAAUUUGCAACCUCUGCAUAGGGAAAGAAAGACAAAGGCAGCAGAUGCCUAGGAUGGCCAUAACUGCAGGUUUUUCCACCAUGUCGUCGACCAUCCUGAUUUUAGAGAUAUUUCACUGUUCCUGUACUAUCACAUGUCAAAAUCCUGGAACACUUCCUAACUUACAGCACAACAUCAGGGACUACACCAUGACUGCAGCAACUGGAAUGUAUCUCAACUCCUCGUAGUUAAGGAUGGAUGGUAUUGUACUAGACUGAAUCCAAAUCGUGUGACUGUUAUCUUUCAACUCCUAAUGGUGUUUCAACUGUUGCUUACAAUGAACAAUUUAUGGACUAUAGCUUUAAUAUCAUUAAAUUGGUAUUGAAAUUACAGGUGUCAAUAGCGGGCCAUGCUAGAACAUGGUUUUAGUUUGCAUUCACCAGCCUACUGCUACUGUAUCAAAGUGAGACGUAUUUUCAAGUGUAGAAGUGGUACAAGACGAAGUCAUAGCCUUGAAUUUGAGGGCCCAAAAAAACAUUUUUAUUUAUCUGGUAUCAUUAAUGUAGUGAAAACAUCCUUGGGUGCCUCACCCAAUGUUGGUUAAUGUUAAUUUGACAUACAGCAUAGAAACAUCACUUGGCCCAAAACACACCAUGUCAGUGUUUACAAGCCACUUGAAUCAUCUAUCAUCUAUUUUCUCCCAAAUGCUUGGUUAGUUCCGUCUGCUCCCUGUGGUGACAUGUUCCAUAAUGUUUACUAUGCAUUUUAUGUUUGACAAGUCCCUCAGUUUUUUGAUAUCUCUCCUAGCCUCUGUGUGUCCUCAGGCAUUCUUCUGUCUGGGUACUUUAUGUCUAUUUCCUCCUCCCCAGUCAUUUUCUUGCGUCAUCAGUCACCUAUGGAAUAGUAUUAAUGUUUUCUUUUUGCAGAAUGUAAUUCAAUUCACUGUCAAGUCAUACACAUUCUGUUUUGCUGUUCUGAUAGUUAAUGUUCCUUUUGGUUUUAUACUGUUAGCACUCCACUUAAAAUAGCUACAUUCUCCAGCCCUGAUCGUUUUUGUUUUUGCUGCCAUGUUGCAAUCAUCCUGCUGUCCCCUGGUUCCACCAAAUACAUGAUUGCCUGCCCUUCCCUUAUUCUUGUGAAGACACUGCAUUGCUGUACAAAUGAUUUUGUUUUCAUAAGAGGAAAUUCAAUCUGUAGACUUGUUCAAUAAAUAUCUACACUUUUGCUAUCA